UCCCAAAAGUCCUAUAAUACCAAGCACAACAUGCUUUACCUUCAAUGAAAGCUGAGACGGGGGGACGGUUGACUGCUGGUCCUGAAAUCAGUCUAGAGCUCGGAUACAAAACCAAGAGCCUCGCUGUUUUAGCGGCUUAGUUCUCCCGCAUCUGUUCCACUACAACUUCUGCUGUGAACAUUUAUCAUUCACUGACUGUGGCAUGUUUAGAACUGCAACUUAUCAAAAGCAGAGAGACAACUUGGUUAACGCUCUUACUUUUUCCUUCCCACCUUCCUCUCUUGCUGCGACUGUUGUCUAAGGUAAUGGUAUCAUUUUCUAAGAGAGGACUCCUCAGGUGAUGGUCUGUCUUUUUGGAGAUAGUGACCGCUUUUGGAAACGGGCUAGGUUUUCCACUACUAAGAUUUUUUCUGCUGCUACCUUCGCUUUGGCUCAAUCAUGGCUCUAUACUCUCGGUUUGUGGUCGUACUGCUUUACGGAUGGAGUUAUAUGUGCGUUGGAUACUGCGCGAUGCUGAAAACAGACAGUUUCCCCGACAGACGAAAGGUGGAUUUUACGCAUUCGGAGGAUAAAAAGUACCCUGCUAAAGACGACCAGGAUCUGCUUUUACAGGAUACUAUGACGGAACACAUGCAGAUGCUUUACGCGAAGUACAACCGGGCGGGAUUUCCAUUCAAGGACGGCAACACCGUCCGCAGUUUCAAAGCGCACUGGGGUACGAUAAACAAGAAGCAGCUGCAGAUUUUCAACCUCACCUCCCUCACCAAGUCAGAAGACGUUCUGUCUGCCACUCUUCAUUAUUACAUUGGAGACAUUCAGAACAGCACCCACGGCUGCUCCAGGUCAAAAAGCUGUGGACGCCACGGCCCCCGGAGGCACAACCACAUCCACAUGGUCAUCUGGAGUUUUGCCUCUGUAGAUAACAAGAUAAGGACUCUAGGACACUUUCAGAUCAAUGUGUCGACCCUCUAUAGGGACUUCAUAUCUUGGCAGUGGAAGGACGUUACUCGUGUGGUCAACCAGGCCAAGCACCACGACGAGCUGCUUAUUGGUAUCGAUGUGGCCUCCCAAGGGCCCCAGCAAUGGAAGAAGCUCCUGUCUGACCGCUCACCCUACAUCCUGGUCUACGCCAAUGACUCUGCCAUUUCAGAGCCUGAAAGUGUGGUAGCCACCCUCCAGAGACACCACUCAGUGGGAGGGGAAGGCUCCAUUUCACACAGCUUCCAAAAACUGGGACUGCGUGAGCGUAACAACACCGAACAAGAACAGCCGCAGCCCAGACACAAGCGCUCGGUGGACGUUCUGCUCCCAUUGCAAAACAACGAACUUCCUGGGCACGAGUAUCCCUACAAGACUACCGGGUGGGAUGAGACGAGUCCAUAUGAACCUUUCGAAAACAAGCAGCCCCGUCGGCCACGUAAAAAGACACGCAAGAAUCAGCGGCACAAGAUGCCUCUGCUGCAGUUUGAUGAGCAGACGAUCAAAAAGGCGCGAAAGAAGCAGUGGAACGAGCCCAGGAACUGCGCUCGCAGAUACCUGAAAGUGGACUUUGCUGACAUUGGAUGGAGUGAAUGGAUUAUAUCACCCAAGUCGUUUGACGCUUACUACUGCUCAGGGUCCUGCCAAUUCCCCAUGCCAAAGGCUCUGAAGCCCUCUAACCAUGCCACCAUCCAGAGCAUAGUGCGGGCGGUGGGCGUCGUCCCCGGCAUCCCCGAGCCUUGCUGUGUCCCAGAGAAGAUGUCUUCCCUCAGCAUCCUCUUCUUUGACGAGGACAAGAACGUGGUGCUGAAAGUCUACCCCAAUAUGACUGUAGAUUCUUGUGCCUGUAGAUAGUUUUUCUUUUGUCCUUCAAUGCCUGUUCACAAAAAAAACUCAUGUCAAACAGAGAAGAAAAAAAAAAAAAAAUCAACCCACGCAGCCAAAACUCUCUCCUCCUGUCCCUAAAGUCUUACACUCUUUCCCUCACAAACACCCAUUGAACACAACUUCCCUUUUGCACUGGAGGAGAGUACAGCCUGUUGUUCCAGGUAAAGAGGAGACUGGUCAUGGGAAGGAAUGGAUCGUGUGAGUCACCCUCGUGAAAGAUAACUGGAAUGGAAAGUCAAAUCUCCACGCUUCGAUUUCACCACCACUGUUUAUCUUUGUCUUAAUCAUCGCUGCUCAGUUGGGUUGGACGAGAGCAGGGUGAAUAGGAAUUAUAAACUCACUAUCAAGAUAUGCAAAUACUGAUCGAGGAAUAAGAAAGACAAGAAUUGAAGGAAAAAUCACUUUUCAGGAUAAAUGAUCUCAGUUUGAACUGAUGCCUCUGGCGGGGGGGGGGGGGGGGGGGGGGGGGGGGGGGGGGGGGGGGUCAUUCUCAUCUUUCUCUCCUUCAUAGCUUGAAGUUGUCUUUUGUUAUUACCACCAAGUCACCUAUGCUCGCACUUGCAUGGUUUUUGUUACUAUUUGUAUGUAUUUAUGUCUGUACUGUACUAUCACUGUGUUAUUCGCUAUAUGAGAAGUUAUUGUAUAAUUAUUGGCUUGGCUGCUAUAGAGAGAUAUAUUAGAUUCCAAAGCCAGAAUUGUGACGUAGACGGUACAGUAGAUAGCCGUACAUAUUUGUGUUUAGAUCACCGCUCCGAUGUACAGUACCACAUUUUAAGAGUUUAUUAUAUGAGGAAGUGUAAGCUACUUUUCAUUUGUGGUCUUCAUUAACAGUUGGAAUGGGAAGUUUUGGAGAUCCAAAAUACCAUUGUUUCACCAAGAAGAUGUUUUGCAAAUAAACUUUUGAUUUGGAAAGAUAAAACAAUACAGCAUAUGAAAAGGAGAAAGGGCAUUGAACAAGGACUAUCAGCAUGUGUUCAUGACAAGUGUAAAACCACAGGACUCUAAAAUCCAAUUGAUAUGUGGAAUUUUGAAAGCCUUGUUGGACCUGACAAGCUCAGAAAGAAAUCUAAUAAGUCGUGGCAGGCAUACAAGUUUAAUACUAAUGGUUUCAAUGGACUGGAUGGAUAUCAGAAUGAACCUAUUUGUUUUUGGCAUUGUUGAAGUUCAGAACAUGUUGCCAUUACAUUCUGUUUAAAAGUAUGUAUCGUAUUUACAGCAUAGAAUUACAUGUAUUAAGAAAAACUAUUAUAAACUGACAGAAGGCUUCUAGAAAUCUGUUUUAAUCAACUAAAAUAUCAAAAAUGUCAGUUACAAGUAAAUAUACACGGCUGGUCUGGAAUCAGUUUUCGUUCUCAUAUCCUAAAGGCUCAUCAUUUUUGUUUUUUUGCCAAUUUUCUUUGAAAAAAUACCUGGAUUAAAUGUUGAAAUGGAUUGAAAACACGAUUGUGUUUUCAGGUCCAAGACAAAAACUGGGAACUAUAGUUUACAGUAAACGGGGUCCUCUGGUGGCAACCCUAGAAAAUAAAAUGAGCGGUGCAUUAUGUGCGAGUUCCUCAAAGUAAUUCAAUAUUUUGCUUCUGGGAUUUUAUUACUAAGUUUUCACCCAGAUGUUCUCAUCAGAUCUUCAAAUUCUCAUUUAAAAUCAAAAUCAAAAAUGGUGAGCACUACUUAUAAUAUAUUGAAAGGUCAGGGAGAUCUGGUCUGUUUUCCUGGGUCACAUAAGCCUUUAAUUAUUACUGUAUAGUGAAGAUUUUACAUAAAUCAUUAAUACUUGUUAUCAGGUCAACAUUGAACAACAGGCACACCUGGAAGAGCAGUUAACACGUUGUAACGUUGCCUUGGUUGUUUUAUUAUUGUCGGAGUUCAUAAAACCAAAUAUUUAUUCAGAGCAAAUAGACUGAAAAUAUAGCAGCAAACCUUUUUUUCUAUACACUUGUACAUUGUUUUUGUAUAUAGCUUACUAUAUGUUUAUGCUAAUGUCUCUUUGAGAUAGAAGUGCCUUUUGAAAUGGUUUGAUUUGAGUCAUCGCCUCUUCAGAGGGGCUCGGUUGUUCAGAGAACUGAGCUCCGUUUGCAAUGAAGUCAAAGCAAGCAGCUGGGAAUAGUGUUUUUUUUUUUUUUUUCAUGGUAC